GGACAACCCCGAAGGACCCGAAGCAGUGCUCUUUCCUCAUCGCUGCCCAUCCAGACGUCGCCCUUUUGGGCUCACUAGACCAGCAUGCCUACGCUGCGGUCCUCCUCCUCCCCAAGCACGGUGUCCUCCCCGCUGCGGAGAACAGCAGGAGGUGUUCAGAGGGGCUUUUCUGCGUCCUCCAGUUCAUCCGUCAGUGUGCCCUAUGGUGACAGGGACUCAGACCAGGCGUCACAGGGGGAUAGUGAUUCUUUAUCAGCUGAUGAAGGCAGUGACUUUGAAGACCACCUGAGACGCAACGUGAAGAAGAGAGCAGCAAAACGACCACUGAAAACAACCCCAGUGGCAAAACAUCCAAAGAAGGGGUCCCAAAUGGUAUGUGGUCAUGGCCAGAAAGACUCAGAGCCAACAGCCAUUGAUCUCUUUGAUGCUGUGAAAGCUGCCAAAAGUGACAUGCAGUCUUUGGUGGAUGAGUGGCUGGAUAACUACAAGCAAGACCAGGAUGCAGGAUUUCUGGAGCUUAUUAACUUUUUCAUCCGAUCUUGUGGGUGUAAAGGCAUUGUGACACCUGAGAUGUUCAAGAAGAUGUCCAAUUCAGAGAUCAUCCGGCACCUAACAGAACAAUUUAAUGAGGACUCAGGAGACUAUCCCCUGACAGCACCAGGUCCAUCCUGGAAGAAGUUCCAGGGAAGCUUCUGUGAGUUUGUGAAGACCUUGGUCUAUCAGUGCCAGUAUAGCCUUCUCUAUGAUGGCUUCCCCAUGGACAACCUCAUCUCCCUGCUCACUGGCCUCUCGGACUCCCAGGUCCGGGCCUUCCGUCACACCAGCACCCUAGCGGCCAUGAAGCUGAUGACCUCCCUGGUAAGAGUUGCCCUCCAGCUGAGUCUGCACAAAGACAAUAAUCAGCGACAGUAUGAGGCUGAACGAAAUAAGGGGCCAGGACAGAGAGCACCUGAGCGGCUAGAGAGCCUGUUGGAGAAGCGCAAAGAACUCCAGGAGCAUCAAGAGGAGAUUGAGGGGAUGAUGAAUGCCCUCUUCAGGGGUGUCUUUGUGCACCGGUACAGGGAUGUCCUUCCUGAGAUCCGUGCUAUCUGCAUCGAGGAGAUUGGGUCUUGGAUGCAAAGCUACAGCACAUCUUUCCUCACUGACAGCUAUUUGAAAUAUAUUGGCUGGACCCUGCAUGAUAAGCACCGAGAAGUCCGUCUGAAGUGCCUGAAGGCUCUAAAAGGGCUGUACAGCAGCCAGGAUUUGACUGCCCGCCUGGAGCUCUUCACCAGCCGCUUCAAGGACCGGAUGGUUUCCAUGGCCAUGGACCGAGAGUAUGAUGUGGCGGUGGAGGCUGUCAAGUUACUAACCCUUAUCCUAAAGAACAUGGAAGGGGUACUGACAGAUGCAGACUGUGAGGGCAUCUACCCUGUUGUAUAUGCCUCUAACCGAGCCCUGGCGUCUGCUGCAGGGGAGUUUCUGUACUGGAAGCUCUUCUACCCUGAAUGUGAGACUAGAACAGUGGGUGGGAGAGAGCGACGCCGAAGUCCACGUGCCCAGAGGACUUUCUUUCACCUUUUGCUGUCCUUCUUUGUGGAGAGUGAGCUCCAUGACCAUGCUGUUUACUUAGUAGACAGCCUGUGGGACUGUGCAGGGUCUCAGCUAAAGGACUGGGAGAGUCUGACCAGCCUGCUGCUGGAGAAGGACCAGAACUUGGGCGAUGUGCAGGAGAGCACACUGAUAGAAAUCCUCGUGUCCAGUGUUCGGCAAGCUUCAGAGGGUCACCCACCUGUGGGGCGGAUCACUGGCAGGAAGGGCUUAACCCCAAAAGAACGUAAGAUCCAAGCCGACGACAGGGUGAAGCUGACAGAGCAUCUCAUCCCUCUGCUGCCCCAGCUUCUGGCCAAGUUCUCAGCUGAUGCGGAGAAGGUUGCUCCCCUGCUCCAGCUUCUCAAGUACUUUGACCUCAACAUUUACUGUACUAGGCGCUUGGAGAAGCAUCUGGAGCUAUUCUUACAGCAACUCCAGGAGGUGGUGGUGAAGCAUGCAGAGCCUGCAGUGCUUGAGGCUGGUGCUCAUGCCCUCUAUCUGCUCUGUAAUCCUGAGUUCACCUUCUUCAGCCGGGUAGACUUUGCCCGCAGCCAGCUAAUGGACCUGCUGACUGACCGCUUCCAGCAGGAGCUGGAAGAGUUGCUGCAGUCAUCCUUCCUAGAUGAGGAUGAGGUGUAUAGUCUGGCAGCCACUCUGAAGCGCCUCUCUGCCUUCUACAAUGCUCAUGACCUAAGUCGCUGGGAGCUCUAUGAGCCAUGCUGCCGGCUCCUCCAGAAGGCUGUGGACACUGGAGAGGUUCCUCACCAGGUGAUCCUGCCAGCCUUGACUCUUGUCUAUUUUUCCAUUCUCUGGACACUAACUCACCUUUCUGGAUCAGGUGCCUCCCAGAAGCAGCUGUUGAGUUUAAAGGGCAGGAUGGUGGCCUUCUGUGAACUCUGCCAGAGCUGCCUGUCAGAUGUGGAUUCUGAGAUCCAGGAGCAAGCUUUUGUCUUACUGAGUGAUCUACUUCUCAUCUUCAGCCCUCAGAUGAUUGUAGGGGGGCGUGAUUUCCUUAGACCCCUUGUCUUUUUUCCUGAAGCCACUCUCCAGUCUGAACUAGCCAGCUUCCUCAUGGACCAUGUCUUCAUCCAGCCUGGAGAACUGGGCAGUGGUCAUUCCCAGGAGGAUCAUUUACAGAUAGAGCAACUCCACCAGCGGCGCCGCCUCCUGGCUGGGUUCUGCAAGCUGUUGCUUUAUGGGGUGCUGGACAUGGAUGCAGCCUCAGAUGUUUUCAAACACUACAGCAAGUUUUACAAGGACUAUGGCGACAUCAUCAAGGAAACGUUAACUAGAGCAAGGCAGAUUGACCGGAGUCAUUGCUCCCAGAUCCUGCUGCUGAGCCUCAAGCAGUUAUAUACAGAACUGCUACAGGAACAGGGGCCCCAGGGCCUGAAUGAGCUUCCAGCCUUUGGUGAGAUGAGGGAUCUGGCCCGAAGGUUUGCUUUGAGCUUUGGACCCCAGCAGCUGCAGAACCGUGACCUUGUGGUCACACUCCACAAGGAAGGCAUCAAGUUCUCCUUGUCUGAACCGCCUCCACCUGGCUCCUCCAGUCAGCCCCCAAACCUGGCCUUCCUGGAGCUCCUUUCAGAGUUUUCCCCCCGACUCUUCCAUCAGGACAAGCAGCUGCUACUGUCCUACCUGGAAAAGUGUUUGCAGCGUAUCUCCCAGUCACCUGCUUGUCCCUGGGGUCCAGUCACCACCUACUGCCACUCCCUCAGCCCUGUGGAGAACAUAGCAGAGACCAGUCCUCAGGGCUGCCCCCGCUACAAGAAAAGGCGUACUGAAGGUCCCUCCAGGCAGCAGAGAGGGGAUGUCUCUUCGUCUCAGGAAGAAAGCCUGCAGCUGAACAGCAUCCCACCCACACCCACCUUCACCUCUACAGCCAUCAAGAGGAGGCAGCCCCUGAGGGGGUUGGAAGAGGUGGAGGAAGAAGGCCGCUCAGAACCAGAGCUGACCCAGGGCCAACCCCUGUCAGGCAACCAGAGGUCAAGGUUCUCAAGUCCACAGCAUUUCCAGACUCUCCUCAACCCUUCAGGUCCUGGUUUGGGCAACCAGCUGACCCGCCUCAGCCUCAUGGAAGAGGAUGAAGAAGAGUUGGAAAUUCACGAGUUAAGUGAGGAAUGGCAAGAAACAGACAAGCACACUUCCCCCAGUGAGCACGGGCUGGACCUCUUAGAUUCUACAGAGCUAAACCUUGAGGAUUUCUGACAGGACUCCAUGCCCCUCCCCAUUUCCACUCCCCACCUCAACGGGGAAAAGGCAAACAGGAGAACAGAGAAGAAGGAACCAUUACUUCCAGGCCCCACCCUGGUCUUUGAAGGGAAGGAGAGUGGGCUGUGCCUUUCUAACCUAAUGUUUCUCCUAUGAUGUUGGGAUAGAGAAGCCUUAGGCCCCCUGACCUUCCUCAUACUCCUGGCUCUGUCCCUGUGUGGAGAAUGCCUUUUUCCUGCUGUGUCUGGAGGAGGUGGCAGCCUUACCUCAGUACUGGAGUGGCACUGCCUCCCUGUACUGAAUAGAA